AUGGUCACCAGAUCCGUCCCUGCUAAACGCAAACAGGCUGCAGACAUGGCCGAGUCUCCUCCGAAGCGAGUGACCAGGGCGCGCGCAGCCAAAGCACCCGUUGAAGCUGAAGUCCAGACCACAACAACAAAGACAGAAAUCGCGUCGACGAAGUCGUCAACAACUAAGAAGAAAGCAGCCGCAGCUCCAACAAAGACAACGAAGCGAAAGACACGUGCUGAAGACGAGGAAAAUGAGAUGGUGGAUUUACAAGCUGAGCAAGCCAAAAACGAAACUUUACCUGUGAUUCAGCCCAAGGAAGAGUCUGCAAAGCCCAGAGGCUCGAGACAAAGAAAAAUCGCCAAGCCAGAAGAGUCUUCAAAUGUAGCAGAAGAGGCUCCCAAGCCGAAAGGCCGCCAGGUACGCACGCCAAUGAGCCAAGCCAAGGACGAUACGACCAAGACACGUGCGAGGCCGAGAAGAGGAGCAACUGCGGUUGAUCAAGAAAUCAAUACUGUAACCCAGACUUCAGAGGCAGCUGCAGAGCCUGCUCCGUUGAAGAAGACUACGCGCGGAAGAGCCGCAGCAGCUGCGACAUCUAAAACCGAGACAGCGAAAGCCACUUCGAAGAAAACUGUAACGAAGAAGAAAGUCCAAUUUCAAGACGAGCCAGACAAAGAGAAUGUUCCCAUUGAACCUGAAGGCCCGAAAAAGUCUGCUAUGAAGAUUACAGGUCUGAAAGCAAAGCCUAUCAGAAAGCCGGCGGCCACCAAAGCAACAGCGCGGGGCAAAAAGACAGCGCAAAAAGGUAGCUCUGACACCGUGCCCAAUUCUUCUGCAGACCUACCCUUAUCUCCCAAAAAGGUGACACAGGUCGCAAAGACCCCGUCUACAUCCGAGGAUGAGCUUGCUGUUGAUAAUACUCCCGUUCGUGCUCUCAGCAGAUCUCCUGUCAAAGUAAAGACCAGCCCUUUGAAAGCGAUCACUAGCCCCUCGAAGCAGGCUUCGACUCAAAUCACAGUACCUGUGUCACCGUCAAAACUUUUUGAUGCCAGUGCAAUUAGCAGUCCUGCCAAGCGAUUUCCGCAGUCGCCCUUCAAAGACAGCAUGAAAUCUUCACCAAAGAAGUUCAAUUUUGCCGACACCAUUGCGAAGCCGAAAUUCUCUGGGUCUCAGGCAACCUCGCCGGUCAAGACUUCGCUGCUCCUCGAGUCGCCUCGAAAAGUCAAGAUUCCGGAGAUUGGAUCAAGCCAAAUAGUCAUGCCAUCGCAAACACCGUUCAAGGCGUCUCUGCUGCAAUCACCAGCCCGUCGUCUCAAUUCUCCAUUGAAGACAAGUAGCUUUACUCCCGCCAUCAAGCCGGUGAAAGAACUCGGCCAAUUUCAAAGUAGCCCUAAGAGAGCAGCAUUGUUCUCUCCUGCCAAGUCAGAGAUCAUUUCUCACAGCGAUGAAGUAUCAUUGCAAAAGACUUCGGCAACGCCACAGUCUUCUGUGGAGACCGACGUAGAAAUGACAGAUCCGCCAGAUGUUGACGAAAGUUCGACUCCCACCGCUCAACAGGUAUUAGCUCCUACGGAAUCAAGCUCGGUAGGGACUGAAUUGAAGGGUGCGUCAUUGUCUGAGGAUGGUGACGAUGAAUCUGAAGUCGAAGCCUCUCAUCUGGAUGCUUCUCCAUCUGCGGCCAAUCCUUCUCUCCCAAACUUAGGAGCUUCGACUAUGUGGAGGAGAAUCUCUGGAAAUUCACAGCUAUCCGAAGAUGAGCUUGCCUCCCCUGACAAACGUUUUGCUCCAACGCCUCUCAGAAGACAAUCCAUGGAUGUAGAUGCACACGAUUCACUCGGGACGACUGCGGGAGACGCAAGUUUUACUCCAUUGUCUGAUAUGUUCAGUGGUUGGAUGGCUUCACGCCCAGAUAAGCAACGUCCAUCUCGACAGCAGCGUGGAAUAUUUUCCCUUCCAUCUGGCCCUCUGCCAGAAGUGCCGGAGCAGCAAGAAACAGAUCUCUUAACAGAGCCGCCUGCAAAAACAUCGUUCUUCGAAGACGAGAUAGAUGUAUUGGACGUGGAGCAAAUAACACCUCUCCGAGAACAGGUCGAUCAAUAUCAACACGAAUCUGCUAAUCUGCAAGCAAGUAUGGAAUCACAAGCUUCUUGCGAAUACGGUGACGAGAACGCUGUUCCAGCAGAAGCAGAAGUCCUCAGAGCCGAGCAGGAGGCUAAUGAUCCGACGUUGACCUGCACUCCGGCUAAAGUGUUCACGCCAGCAAAGCAGAUUUCGCGAGGACCCCGUGAAGUUUGUACAGUCUCCAAAGUCCCUUUGAGGGCUUCAGGGGAAAUGUCGUCUUUCAAGCUGCCUCGCCAGCGUAGCAAGUCUCUUGGUGGUGGUGCAUUAGCAGUUCUUGCUGAGGGUAGUGUUGACGAUAUGGCUUUUUCUGAAGAGCCCGCCACCCCAACACUUUCGCCAGUCAAACCACCUCAGACGCCCAGUAGUGGUAUGAAACUUGACUCUGCUACGCCAGGACGUACCGGACGCAAGAAUGGAGCAUCUAAAGUUCUUCAGGGCGCAGUCGUCUAUGUAGAUGUGCAUACCUCAGAGGGUGCUGAUGCGAGUGGCAUUUUUGUUGAUCUCCUCACUCAGAUGGGUGCCCGUUGCGUGAAGCAAUGGAAUUGGAACCCUCGUGCUAGUCAGGGAGAUUCCCUGGGCACAAAGGGAUCACCACAGGAUAUCUCACCGAAUAUGUCUUCAUCAUUCAACAAGGUAGGCAUCACUCACGUUGUGUACAAGGACGGAGGGGUACGCACGCUAGAGAAGGUCCGUCUUAGUGAAGGCGUUGUUGUAUGCGUAGGUGUUGGAUGGGUUUUAGACUGUGAGCGUGAAGACGCUUGGUUGGACGAAGCCAACUACGCCAUUGAUCUUUCUCUCGUACCUCGCGGAGGUCAUCGUCGCCGGAAGUCGAUGGAGCCUAAGGCACUAGCCAAUCUGGAGGGCAGUCUUGUGCUCGCUGGGAAUGACACACCACCCAAAGCACAUCAGAUGUCGCCAACAAAGGAGUUUCUAGCUCUGAACACCCCAGCUUCUCGUCGAGAUACUUUUGUCCUUGAAACUGAACAAGUCACAUCCGAGGAAGCUGAGCAACUGUCAAUGCUUAGUUCCCUACCUGCAACUCCAGAUCGAAACCAAGGAGAAGGCUCGCAAGAUGGUGACAUAAUGGGUGCUUCACCCACAACGCCUUUUUACCUUAGCAAAGGCGCAACUUUAAUACAGCGGACAUGCCCUCCGAAACACAAAGGCGAUCGAUUAUUCCCAACAAGCGGUAAUGUGGAGGAUGAGCCAGACGAGGAGGUUAGGCGACGGCUGGUGGCUGCUAGGAGAAAGACUUUACAGUGGUCAAGCAAGACGAAGAGCCCGCUUGGGAGGACCGUGAGCUACGAAAUCUGA